UUAGUUUGUUAAGUUUACUAAUAAAAAUAAAAUAAAUUUAUUCAGAGCGACACAUAUAAUGUAAUGGGAUGUUACAAUCUUCGGUGUCCUGGUUUUAUACAAACCAGUGACACCAUUGUCAUUGGAGGAUCCAUUUCCCCCGUCUCUGUAUUUGAGGGCGACCAAUAUGAGAUCACAGUAUCUGUAUGGAAGGAUCAAAAGAGCGGAAACUGGUGGUUGAGUUUGGGAUCCAACUAUUCACUGGUUGGAUACUGGCCGGCUCCAAUUUUCGUAAAUUUAGCUUACGCAGAUGAUGUGCAAUGGGGUGGUGAGAUCGUGAACUCAAACAUAUCCGGUCGACACACUACAACACAGAUGGGAUCCGGUCAUUUUCCUGAUGAAGGCUUCGGCAGAGUUGGCUACGUUCGAAACCUAGAGAUCGUAGACAACAACAACGAAUUCCAGCCGGUUCACAUAAAAGUAAUAGCAACCGACCCUAAAUUCUACACUAUCAAAAACAUGACUGGAGAUGAUUGGGGUACAUAUCUCUUCUAUGGAGGGUCAGGGUUUAGUCAGAUUCAUUCAGGAGCCGGUAACGCCGAGUACGCAGACGUAAGCGAAUGCAGAGCGGAAUCUGGAGAUCCAUCAUGUCACAACAACAAAAUAGCACAAAAGCUUAAACUAAUUGCAAUCCCAUCGAUCUUAGUGGCGAACAUGAUCGGUGUUUCUUUACCGUUGCUUUCUCGUUCCAUUCCUGCUUUAGGACGACCCGACCGAGAUAUGUUUGUGAUCGUUAAGACUUUAGCUUCGAGUGUAAUUUUGACAACCGGUUUUAUGCAUGUGUUACCGGACUCUUUCGAUGAUCUCACGUCCAAAUGUUUGCCUGAAGCGCCCUGGAGGAAGUUUCCUUUCAGCACUUUCAUCUCGACUGUCUCGGCUUUGCUCGCUUUAAUGAUUGAUUCAUAUGCGAUGAGAACUAGUAAGCGUGAAGGAGAAGCCGUACCAUUAGAAAAUGGAUCUAAUUCUGUGCAUACACAAGAAAAGGUCAACGAUGAUAAGACAAGUCAACUUCUUAGGAAUAGAGUCAUUGCUUUGGUGUCGGAACUAGGUAUCGUAGUUCACUCGUUCGUGACCGGUCUCGCUAUGGGGGCUUCAGAUAACAAAUGUACCAUACGAUCACUUAUCGCAGCCCUUUGUUUCCAUCAACUCGUUGAAGGAAUGAGACUCGGUGGUUCCAUUUUACAGGCGGAAUUGAAAAGCAACAUGAAUUGGAUAAUGGUGUUUUUCUUUCCUGUCACAACACAAGUUGGGAUUGCUUUAGGGAUGGAAAUACAAAAGAUAUAUGAUGAGACAAGUCCGACAUCGUUGAUCGUAGUGGGGAUCUUGAAUGCGUGUUCUGCAGGAUUAUUGAUUUAUAUGGCACUUGUUAAUCUCUUGGCUCAUGAAUUCUUCGGACGACCAAAUAUACAAGGGAACAUGAAGCUUCAUUUCCUCGGUUAUGUUGCUGUCUUUAUAGGUGCUGGAGGAAUGUCUUUGAUGGCUAAGUGGGCAUAGAACUCUUGAGUUAGACUCAUCUUUACUUCUGUGUUCAGUUUAAUUUUCGAUCAUUAGUAUAAUAAAAUAUUGUAUGAUUU